AUGAAAGAGAAGGAAGAAAAAGGUAAUGCGAAGAUACCUAAAAGACCUAAUAAUAGCUUGGAAAAGAAGAAAAACGACAGGAGCAGUAAAAAGCCAAAAUUUGCAUUAUCUUUUGACGACAACGAAGAGCUAGAAGAAGAAUUAAAUAAUUUAAACCCAAGUUCAGAGGUUAACUUACGGAAAACCAAUUUCAAGAAGAUACGAUCUAAGAAUUUACCUCUGUAUAAUGAUAUUAAACAUGACUUUUCGAUUGAUGAUUCCUUAGAUUCGAAUCAAGAACAUGAAACCAAGGCAAAAGAAGGACCGAAAUUCAAAUUUAAAAAGAUUAAAAAAGAGGAUGCAUUGAGAAUAAAGGAAGAUGAAACUCAUUUACCAAUAAUGCCUAUGCCCAAGAGUGAGGAAUCAAAUCAAAAAACUGAUAUUUCAGCCAAUACCAAACAUAAGAAUGCAACGCUUUCGCUUUCAGAGUUAGCAGAAUUGGAAAAGCAACAGCAAACUGAGUUACAAAAAGAAACUCGGUCUUUUGAUGAAUUUUCUGACAAUGACAAUGAUUUAGAAAAUGACAGAGAAUGGUAUACUAUAGAUGAGCUCGAUCAUAAUGAUCUUCAUGAUGAUUUUGAGGACGAAGUUUUUACUGAAACAACAAAACAAAUCUCGAGUCUCAAAAGACCUAAAGAGUUUAAUAUACCUGAAGGCACAGGUGGAGGGUUUGACGAUAUAACUGGUGAGUAUUAUGACUAUGACCAUAACCAAGAUCAGUCGCAGGACCUUUCACGUAUACCAAUUACAUCUCACUAUUUCAUUCCGCCAUUUUUGGAAGAUUCAAAAGAAUACUUGUCAUUACAAAUUGGACAUGACAGGAACGACUCUAAGAUCAGAGGGAUUGGGCCAACAAUUUCUCCAAUCAAAGACCCAGAUUCUGAAUUAGCUUCAAUGGCUAAACAAGGAAGUAUGGUUGUUAAAGAGAGAAAAUCUAAGAAUGAAAGGAGUAAACAAGCUAAAGAAAGGUCCACUCUUAGUGGUACGGCAUUAGGUAACGUGUUGGGCGUUGAAACACACGAUAAAGCAAAUGGUAGUAAUGAAAAAUUGCAUGAAAACAAAUUUUCAAAUGAGAACGAAAUAGAGACUCAAGAUGAGAAAGCAAUAAUCCAACAACAGAGACGUUCUUUACCUGCAUUUGCUGUCAAGAAGAAUUUAUUAAGAACCAUCGCAGAAAACCAAGUAACUGUGGUAAUAGGAGAGACAGGUUCUGGUAAAACUACACAAUUAACCCAAUACUUGUACGAAGAAGGGUUUGGCUCAAAUUUAGAACAACUGGGCAAAAAUCGAAUGAUAGGUUGUACCCAACCUCGUCGUGUGGCUGCUAUGUCUGUUGCGAAAAGAGUUAGUGAAGAAAUGAAUUGCAAGUUGGGGGAUGAGGUAGGAUUUGCGAUUAGAUUUGAAGAUAAAACCAACCCCCGCAAGACAGUUAUAAAAUAUAUGACAGAAGGUGUUUUAUUAAGAGAAAUAUUAGUAGACCCAAAUUUGGACAAGUACUCGUGUAUUAUUAUGGAUGAAGCCCACGAAAGAUCGUUGAAUACCGACGUACUAUUGGGAUUAUUUAAAAUGCUCUUGACAAGAAGAAAAGACUUGAAAUUGAUUGUUACUAGUGCAACUUUGAAUGCUGACAGGUUCACGAGAUAUUUUGGAAAUGCACCUCAAUUUACCAUCCCUGGGAGGACAUUCCCAGUUGACGUAUUAUUUAGUAAAAGUGGAUGUACCGAUUAUGUUGAAACAGCAGUUAAGCAAGUUUUAACUAUUCAUUUGCAAAAUAGUGCAAAAUCUAAUAAUAAUGAUGGAGAUAUUUUGGUUUUUAUGACUGGUCAAGAGGAUAUAGAGGUUACCUGUGAAUUACUACAGGAAAAACUUGAUUUAUUAGAUAAUCCUCCGCCUUUAGAUAUUUUUCCCAUAUUCUCUACAAUGCCUGCUGAUUUGCAAAAGAAAAUAUUCAACAAAACGAACUUGGAAAGAAGAAAGGUUGUUGUGGCUACUAAUAUUGCGGAAACGUCAUUAACUGUCGAUGGUGUGAAAUACGUCAUUGAUACAGGAUUGGUUAAGUCAAAAGUGUAUAAUCCGAAAUUGGGAAUGGACAUGUUGCAAGUGAUCCCGAUAUCAAUAGCAAAUGCUCAACAACGUAGUGGUAGAGCUGGUAGAACUGGCCCAGGUGUUGCGUACCGAUUAUAUACUGAAAGAUCUGCUGAAGAACAAAUGUAUUUACAGCCAAUUCCCGAGAUACAAAGAACCAAUUUGAGUAAUGUGAUGUUGCAAUUGAAAUCUUUAAAGAUUGAGGAUGUUCCAAACUUUCCAUUUUUAGACCCACCUCCAAAAGAUUUGCUUAGUUGUUCGCUAUAUGAUUUAUGGGGCAUUGGUGCUAUUGAUAAUUGCGGUGAAUUAACACAAUUAGGCCAGUCAAUGUCAAGGUUUCCCAUGGAACCCGCUUUGUCGAAAUUAAUAUUAUUAUCAUGCAAUUCAGAAUUUCACUGUUCAGAAGAAAUUAUAAUUAUCGUAGCUAUGUUAUCGGUACCAUCAGUUUUCUAUAGACCGAAAGAAAGAGCGAACGAAGCAGAUGCUAUUCGUGAGAAGUUUUCAAUAUCAGAAUCAGAUCAUUUAACGUUGCUUAAUGUUUACAACCAAUGGAAAUCACACUCAGAGAAGCCGCAGAUGAACAUGAAACGAUUGACGAACUGGUGUUCUAGGAAUUUUUUCCAUAGUAAAUCAUUAUUAAGAGCUAGAGACAUUAAGAACCAAUUAUUGCUUAUCAUGGAAAAAAAUAGAUUAAAGCUCUUAAAAUCACGAUCAGAUGAAGAUAUUAGAAAAUGUCUUUGUGCUGCAUUCUAUCAGCAACUGGCUAAGAUAAUGAAGAUUAAUAUUGGUAAUACUGGGAAUUCAGAAUAUAUUCAUUUGCGACAUAAUUAUAUGAAAAUGUUUUUGCAUCCGACAUCAGCGUUAAAUGGGGGUACUAGUAUGGCACCAACAUACGUGGUUUAUCACGAAUUGAUUUUGACGAAUAGGGAAUAUAUGAGUUGUGUCACUAGUGUUGAUCCUUUAUGGCUAUUAGAAUUUGGAUACAUAUUUUUUGAGGUAUCAGCUAAAGUUCAGGCAAGAUUAUGCGGCCAUAUUGAUUUUAAUUUAAUGGAUCCAACUCAAUUAGAAAGAUCUUUAGAAGAAGAUAGAAUUAAGUACCAAGCUAAAUUACAAGAGAAGAAACUCAAAAGGCAGAGGAAUAAUAAUUCCAAUCUGAUCACUAAAAGCAAAUUCAACAAAAGACGAGCGUUUUAA